CCUCAUUCCAGUAGAAGAACACAUCAAUAAGACUAAACUACUGGGUUGUAUGCGCGCGCAGGUGUUGUGGGACAGGAUACUUUUGGGAAUUUGGAAAGAAGAGUGAGCGAUAUAGAUGUUGUUGUGAAAGCAUUGAGAAAUUCGAUUUGGGGAUUUGAGGAUCUGUUUUGUUGUUGUUGUUGUUGCAAUGGCGCCUGCUGGAGCGUUGCAACACAGCAUGAUUCCUCUGUAUUCCGUUUUCAAAUGCCCUCGGACGCCCCUCUCUUUCUCUCAGAAUUGUUUGCGAGGGUUUUUGUUAAGAAGUGGGGUGGAUGAAGCAGAGCUGCAAAUUAGGAAAGGGCGCGGUGCGAGGCUGGUUACUUGUGCUGUUGGGGUCCCAGCGAAGAAUUGGAAAGGGGACCCAAACACACCUCAGGAGUGGCAGUGGACUCCGAACCGUAGGCCGCGGCAACCUGGAGAGAAGCGGAAGAAAAUCCCGUUCCCGAAACCUAAGAAGGAGAGGGUUUUGCUGAGACCGCCUCUCGAUGAUACGCGGCUGGCGGAGAAGCUGUUGAGUAGCCCGCAGUUGACGUUGACGAAUUUUCCUCUACUCAGUGCGUGCCUGCCUUCAGCGCCGUUGAAUCAGCAUGAUGAGGCUUGGAUGGAGGAAUUCUUAUUGGAAGCGAAGGAUGCAUUAGGACUGGCGUCAUUUACGCCCGAAGAGGGUUCUCCUGCAGCUCAGUUGGAUACUCUGCUUUAUCUUGCAUUUCAGCACCCUGACAGCGUGAGGGCAAGGAAGGCACCUUAUGUCCGGAAAGCCCAUUCGCGACUGGCAUUUCUUGGGGAAUAUGUGCUGGAACUUGCCAUGGCAGAGCUAGUGCUUCAGAUGUUUCCUAGAGAGUUGGUUGGAAGUUUGAGAGAGCGUGUUUUCGGGCUCACGAACAAGAAAGUUUUGCCGGAUUGGCUGAAGAAUGCAUCAAUGGACCGCCUAAUUUAUCCAGAUGGCGAUUGGGGCGAAAUUAAGUGGAGCGACAAAUUGAAGCCUUGCAAAUCAGUAUUUCAUGCGAUAGUUGCAGCUAUCUACCUGACGCUGGGUAUGCCCGAGGUCUAUCGUGUUCUCUUUGAGGCUUUUGGUUUCGAUGUGGACGCCCCACAAUUUCAACCUCGGCCUAGGGUCUGUGAAGAUGUGGAUCACUUAUCGCCUGAGCUUGAUGGAGAGAGACUUUCUUGGCAAGAUAUUGCUUAUUAUCAGCCUCCUGAAGAAGCCUUGUUCGCAGAGCCAAGACUUUUCCGAUCAUGCGUUCCUCCAGGAAUGCAUCGAUUUCGCCAAAAUCUGUGGGAGCUAGAAAGUUUGCCAGUUGUGGAGCGAACACUGGGUUAUCCACAGCCUGUGAGGGAUGACAAUCCUGUACUGGAAUCUGCACGCAACAUUGAAUUACAGCUUGGGCUUCAGCUAUGUUUUCUGCAUCCGUCAGCUCACAAGGCGGAGCACCCUCGAUUUUGUAAUGAGCGAUUAGAGUAUUUGGGAUCAAAAGUGCAGGAUGUAAUAAUGGCGGAGAAAAUUCUCAUGAAACAUUUAGAUGCGCCGGGUGCUUGGAUUGAAGAAAGACAUCGCAGAUUGCUUCUGAAUCGUCUAUGUGGCCUCUAUCUUCGCAAUCUCAAACUGCAUCAUCAUAUUGUCUACUCUGACGAGCGACGAGAACUGUAUGUCAAAUCUAGGAAGCUUAGGAACUUUUCUACAACUGGUGUAUCUCAGGCCAUUCAUGGACUCGCCUACACCGUGUAUGGACGACCUGACGUUCGACGUAUAAUGUUCAGAGUCAUGAACUUCGAGCAGUUGGAGUCUCCCAUAGAAUAAAUGAAGUUGCCCACUUCAACUCGGGGAUUUUUCGAAAACUAUUGCGUUAGGGGAGACCUCGACAAACAGUUCAUGUUUCAGCAUAUCUUAUGCAAUCCUGGUUAAUUUGUGAUCAAGCCUGCACUACCCAGAUUCAAGUUGACCUUCUUUCUGCUCCAGCUGACCAUCUGGUGAAUUAUCUGGACAAAACAUGGCCGUUAUCAGCUUGAUGCAGCUCUUGUUCCUCACAGUGAACUGCCUGCCAUUUACAGUAAGAUGUUGCUGUACAUUUUACUCAACUAUUGUAGAAGUAUCCAGAUGUUACUGGCGCAUGAACCCGGUGGCCAGUGGCUACUACAAAAGAAAAUUUGCAAUGACCACGGUGCAUAAAUAUCCAUUUCCUGGAUUAGGUAGCCUAGACCCAGAUUAGGAUGAUUAGUGGACUGUAACACAAUUUUCAUACACAUUGCUCUUUGUCUAGCUUGUGUUAGACCCAGAGUUGCUUUCUCAAUUGGGUAUAUAAUACAUGGGCCUAUACAUCUCUCUCUCUCGCA